AGCCCGCUGCUACAUGCUGCUGAUCAAAUGAGUCUGAUCUGAACCAUUCGGUGAUGUGAUCUGGUCUCAGACGGUCGGGAAAAUGGUUUCGCGCGCAACUUUCAAACUUCGCCUAGUGAUUCUGAUUGGAAUGAUUAAAUAUCAUCUGAAAAGUUUGUGGCAGAAAUAUUACUUUGGCUACAAGCGACCUAAAGUGCAGCUUAAGUUGGGAAAACUCCGAGGAUUAACUGACAAGCUACCGAACGGUGAACCCUAUCACUUCUUCAAGGGCAUCCCAUAUGCCAAACCACCGGUCGGACCGCUUCGGUUUCAACCUCCAGUGCCAAUUCAACGUUAUGACGGAGGGAUGAUUGAUUGCUCAGUACACCGGAAUGAAAGCAUCCAGUUGAAUUUCCUUUUCAACACCGUGGCGGGGUCAGAAGAUGGCCUCUACUUGAACGUGUACACACCGGAGCUUCCCGAUAGUACAAAAUCUGCGCCAAACCUACCAGUGAUGAUAUUCAUCCAUGGGGGCGGUUUUCAGGAUGGAUCUGGGGAUAGCUUUCUCUACGAUCCUGUAGACUUGGUAGCUGCAGGGGUCAUUGUCGUCACUAUCAACUACCGUCUGGGACCUCUCGGAUUUUUAUGCCUACCCAGUGUAGGGGUCUAUGGCAACAUGGGAUUGAAGGAUCAGCGUCUUGCAUUCCAGUGGGUACAGGAAAACAUUGCUCAAUUCGGAGGAAAUCCAAAUAAUGUGACUCUGUUCGGCUGCAGUGCUGGAAGUAUUGCAGCUCAGCUUCAUUACUUAUCUAAAAAUUCGAGAUAUCUGUUUCAUCGAAUAAUCUGUCAAAGCUGUACCGGGUUCUCGAUGCCGUAUUUGCAGCAGAAUCCAGUGGCUAAGUCGAGAAAAUUGGCGAGUGUUGUGAAGGGUGGCAAACUAAUUUCAGACAAAGAAGCAUUAGAUAUUUUGAUGCGAUCUUCCGCUCGUACUUUGGUGAAGCUCCAGACAAAAGCGUUUACCGAGCACGACAGCCCACUGGAUCCCUACAAAUUUUACUUCCGAGCAUGCGUCGAACCUGUAGAGACUAAAGAUGGUGUCAUCGCCGAAACACCGGAGACAAUUUUCAAACGAGUUGACACCUUCAACAUACCAAUGAUCACCGGAUGCUGUGACACUGAGGGCGGUCUGAGCAUGCAUCUUCUGUUGGAUAAAUUGAAAGCCAUCAAUGCCAAACCGGAACAUAACAUGAUCUCAUCCAUUGUGAGAGAUGCAGACAUUCCGGAUCGAGCCCAACUGGCUUCCGAUGCCAAAAGGCUUUAUUUUGGGAGCAAACCCAUUGACCGGAACAGUUUGAAGGAGAUGAGUAAUCUGUUUACAGACACGGAUUUCGUUGCUCAUCAAAUGGUUGCCACUGAGUGGAUUUCAAGGUAUCAACCUAGAGUGAAGCACUACAACUAUCGUUUCACGUUCGACGGGCAGUAUGGUUGUAUGGAGCGCGUUCUAGGGACAACGAAUAUCGGAGGAACUUGGCAUGGUGACGACAUGUUCUACAUUUUCAAACCAGCGUUUCUGCCUCGUUUGCCAGCUCAAUCAGAUGAAGAAAAAGUGAAACAAACAUUCAUACAAUUGUGGUCUAGCUUUGCCAAAAACGGAGAGCCUUCAUUGGGAGAUGCCAAGGCGGUGGAAUGGCUACCAGUUCAGUCUUACGCUGGAAGUCAGAAUUUGUUCCAACUAGAUUAUCUGAACAUUGACGUCAAAACGAGGAUGAUGCAAAAUCAUUGUCGACAAAGAUUAGCGUUUUGGCGGCAGUGUAUAAUAAAGUAUAAGAAAGAUUUCUUGUGAUGAUGAAUAUGAGAACUAGUAAACUA